GUGUAAAAUUAGAAGUCAGCCUUCCGCAAGUUCCGUGUGCGAUGCGAAAAAAUCCCUUUUUGGGCGUCCGACCACAUGUGUGAAUGAUGAACAAAAUAUGGUUCUAAAGUGAUUUUCUGCCAAAAGAAACCGAUUUUGAAGUGAAUAAUCAUCAGUAUCGAUCAGUACAGUGUUGCUAAAGCGUCCAGUGUGCCAGAAAAGUUGGAACCCUUUGACGGAAGUGCAUUUUUUGGAUGUAAAUACAGGCGAUCCAGGGUCAGUUCGGUGUGCCCUGAUAAAUCAGCUCAAAUAUUUCGGUAGUGCCCUAUACCGUCGAGGAGAUUCGUUCUCCGGGUCCACUCCUGUAACUCCGACCUUCGUCUAAACGCACGGUGCGGUCGCGUCGGUUCGGAAAGUUCGUUUACAAUUUGCGGGUUAGGACGGCAGCAUGCCGAGUUGCUGAGGCAUGGAGGCGCGCUCGUGAUCGUCAGCUGGCGCGGAGAGCGCGCCCGGACUUACAUAACGAGGAGCGCGGCGCGGCGGCAUGGCCGCUCGCGUGUCCGCGGAGGCCGCGGGGCCGUCGUAUGCGUCAGUGCUGAACUUUAGAGGUGGUGACAGUAAUAAGGAGAACAUUGAGGUGUUGGAGCAGGCGCCGGAGGAGCUGGCGGCUUCUCCCCCGCGCGCGGAGGAGGAGGAGGAGGGGUUCGUGCCGGUGAUCGCGCACGGGAGGAGGCCCCACAAGCGGAGUCGGGACAAGGAGCGCCGGGCGCCCCCUAAGCCCCACAAGACGCCGCAGCAGCAGGCGGAGGCGGCGGCCGCGGGCGAGGCAGCCCAGGCCUCCGGGGACGACCAGCCAAAGAAGUUUGUGGAAGCCCCCAUACCCAAGGUCAACCCGUGGCAGGCGCGAGGCAGCAGCGUGGGGGCUCCAGUGCCGCCGCCGCAGACCGAGGCGCCGGCCCCGGAGCGCCGCGCGCCGCUGCAGCCGCAGCAGCAGCAGCAGGGCAGGCCGCAGCCGCAGCCCGUGCCAGUGGCAGAACCUACACCAGUGCCUGCGCCGGCGCCGAAACCGACGAUAGUGAAGGCGCCCAAGACUGCCAAAGUCAACCAGAAGGCAUCGGACUUCUCCGACAUCGGUGAUUGGCCGACGCUCGGCGCGGCGGUGGCGGGCGCGCGCUCCCAUUCGUCGCCCCCGCCCCAGGACUCAGACUCGCAUCAUCAUAAUGGAAACGCGGACCAGGACCGCAAACCUCUGGAGGAGCACCGGACGGACAAGGCGGAGCCGCAGCAGAACCACCACGACAGAGAGAGACAGCAUGAGAAGCAGACCGACAAGAGCAAGGCCGCCGGCGGAGGCAAGGGCGGGAACAAGUCGGGCAAACACAAGUGGGUGCCGCUGGACAUCGACGUGAAGGCGCCACGGACCGCCAAACACGGCGUCCCGCACACUGCCAGGCCUGAGUCCGCUGACAACGCAGCAUGGUCAGCCCGAGGCCGAGCUCGCGGCGGCGCCCGCGGGCGCGGCGGGCGGCGCGGCACCGGCCGGCCCCCCACGGCGGAGCCCCGAGACGUGCCCGUGUACCACCCGCAUGAGUUCCCGCAGGUGCAGCAUCCGGAGUUGGCGCAGGGGCUGGUGCUCCACUACGGGCUGUCGGCGCUGGGGGCGCAGGCGUAUUACUACGGCGCGCCGACGCAAUACGGCGUCGGGCUGGACCCGGCCACGCUGAAGGAUAUGAUCAAGAAUCAGAUCGAAUACUACUUCAGCCCGGACAACUUAGCCCGGGACUUCUUCCUGCGCCGCAAGAUGGCCGCCGACGGCACGAUCCCGGUGACGCUGAUCGCGUCGUUCCACCGCGUGCGCGCGCUCACCCCGGACGUGGCGCUGGUGCUGGACGCCAUCAGGGCCUCGCCCAAGCUGCAGCUGCUCAAUGGCUUCAAGGUGCGAACAGCCUUCGAGCCGACAAAAUGGCCGAUACUCGACGCGAGCGUCAACCAAGGGACCAACUCUGACGACGGGGCGAAACACUACGACAACUACGACGCCCAACACGACGAAAAACCCGUCACUGACGGCGAAAAACCCGCGCCCAACGACGAAAAACCCGCCUCUGACGGCGAAAAACCCGCCUCUGACGGCGAAAAACCCGCCCCUGACAACGAAAAGACCAUUCCCAAUGAUGACAAAACAGCCAGUGCUGGAAAAAAUUCAGAGAAGAAGGUAGAAGAAGAGAAACCGGUGUCUUGGGAAAUGAAUGAGGUUAAAAGCGAAGUGAGGGAGAAUUUUCACAGUGCUCCAGCGGUGGUGAAUAGUGUGGACAGUAGUAGUGGAGUGAGGAGUGACAGUGAACAGGGAAACGGCAAGGAUAGUCAGCCGUCGCCACCAACGGCGGAGACCAGCGACCCGCCAGCAGAGAAGACAGAUGCGAAUGACGACCCGCCAUUGCAGAGCGAGCCGGGCGAUGAGAAGGUUGGGGAGAAGAGACGCAAGAAACAGAUGGUGGGCAUAUUCCCUCUCGCCACGAGUGCCGGUCCUCUAGUGGCGCCAGUGUCGAGCUUACUGCGAGCCGUGCCGCCGCCGCCGCUGCCAAGGAUGUUCCGUGCGCGCGCGUCGCCCGGCCCGCCGCACGACCAUCUCAACCCGGACGUGCCCGAGUUCGUGCCGCUGUCGUACCGCUCCGAUGUAGAGGAGCCCGCGGACAGCGCCGCGCCGGCGGAGCAGGCCGACCCCGCCGCUGACGUCAGUGACGUUUGGACGGAGGUAAAACGCCGCACAAAAGCCGGGUCCCGCGAGCGCAGCGCGCCCCCCGCGCCCCCCGCGCCGCCCGCGCCCGCCCGCGAGGAGCUGCACUUCCAGCUGGACGAGGAGCUGGAGCUGCCCCCGCCGCGCGUCAACACCUUCACUGACGCCUGGUCGGACGACGAGUCGGACCUGGAACUAUCGGACGGCGACGUCGGACGGCUGCUCAUAGUGACGCAGAGCGGGCGCGCGCCGCGGCACGAGCACGACCGCUCGCGCGCCGCCACCCGGAUCACCACCGACUUGGAGCAGAUUAUCACAGACGGACUGAGACGUUACGAGGAGGACUUAUGGAACGAUUCGGACUACACACAUGGAAGCUCAUACGGCAGCACCGGCUACAAGACGGUGUCAGUGAUCAGCCGCGAGCAGUUCGAGGCGGCGCAGCCCACGGAGCGGCACAGCAACCCCGCCGAGCCGCCGCCGCCGCCGCCCAGGCCUAAGGUGGAGAGCUCCGGCAAGGUGAAGCGGCGCCUGCGCACGGCGCGUUUCUACGCCGCCGACAAGGAUCCUCAUGCUACUGAUGUCAUAAGCGGGCGUAAACGCAAGACCCGCCACAGCCUCAACCCACCAGUGGAACACCACAUCGGCUGGAUCAUGGACAUCCGCGAGCACCGCCCGAGAACGCUAAGCACCGGUUCAUCGCUAGGCACGUCCCCCAGCGGUUCAGUCCCGCAGUCGCUGCCCACGUUCCACCACCCGAGCCACGGCCUGCUCCGGGAGAACCACUUCACGCAGCAAGCCUACACCAAGUACCACAAGCGCUGUCUCACAGAGCGCAAGAAGCUGGGCAUCGGCCAGUCGCAAGAGAUGAACACGCUCUUCCGGUUCUGGUCGUUCUUCCUGCGCGACCACUUCAACAGGACCAUGUACCAGGAGUUCAGAACGCUAGCAAACGAGGACGCCGCCACCGGUUUCCGCUACGGGCUUGAGUGUCUGUUCCGCUUCUACUCGUACGGGCUGGAGCGCAAGUUCCGCCCCGAGCUGUACAAGGACUUCCAGGCGGAGACGCUGCAGGACUACGAGAAAGGUCAACUCUACGGCUUGGAGAAGUUCUGGGCGUUCCUCAAGUACUACAAGCACGCGAGCGAGCUGCAAGUGGAGCCGCGGCUGAAGACAUGCCUCGACCAGUUCCAGAGCAUCGAGGACUUUCGCGUGCUCGAGCCUCAACUCAACGAGCUACUAGCAUCUAAAGGCCCACUAGCGCCGGGCCGCGGCCCGCACGCGCGCCCCUACGACCGACACCGCUCCGUCAGCGAGAGCGACCGACAGAGGCAGGCUAACAAGCCGGGCCCAGUAGCCAGCAGCCAGGUGGACAACCGCGGCCGAGCCGGCUCGUGCGGCGCGCGCAGCGUCGUCGCCACCACGCGCCCUAGAGCGCCGCCAAAAUCGAAACCAGACUCCGUACCAGCCGUCGCCACAAAAACACAGUGAUAAUAACAACAACAA